AUGUCUGACGCUGAUCUUUACAGCCUCGAAUUCCUCUCUCUUGUCGCUAAAAUUACCCAGGAGAUUGACAACCAUACAGGACUCAGUGACAAAACAUUAGCCGAAUUCGUCAUCGACCUCCAUGACCAGUCGAAGACACUACCCGAGUUCAAGCAGAAACUCAAGGAUGUGGGCGCGAACUUCCCCGAUGCUUUCGUCGGGAACGUCGACCGCCUUAUCCUCAGCAUGCAUCCAAAGCACAAGAAGCGAGCUGCCCCUUCCGACAAAGAGAACGCCGACGUAGAAGCCGGUGCUCUCGACGAAUCGGACAAGAAGAAACGCAUGUUCCCUGGUCUCGCGUUGAAGGACCAGGAGUGGGAGCCCACUGCCACGAAGGAUGCCGUAAUGAAGGAGGUCGACGACUUGAUGUCGCAGUUCGAGGGCGCUGCCAAAAGGGCGAGAGAGAGGCCCGCGGAUGGGGAACGGUCGCCAAAGAGGCGGCGUCAGUCUCGUUCGCGCUCGCCUCCCCCGCCACGGCGCCGCAGCCCUAGUCCUCCUCGCGAUAGCGGCUACGGAAACCGACGGGAUACCAGGCACGGUAGAGGCGGUGACAGGGGACGACAACUGGACGAACGUCCGGUGCUCUACAAGGUGUACCACGGUCGUGUCUCUGGUUUGAAGGAGUUUGGAGCGUUCGUGCAAUUGGAAGGUAUUGCUGGAAGAGUCGAAGGUAUGGUUCACGUCUCAAACAUACAGCAAGGAGCACGGGCCAACUCUGCCACUGACCUGCUCAGUCGUGGGCAGAAUGUGGUAGUGAAGGUAGUGAAUGUCGCCGGAAGUCGUGUAGGUCUUUCUAUGAAAGACGUCGACCAGGCCACAGGCCGCGACCUCACGCCGCAUCUGCGCAUCAAGUCGGAGGCUGAGCUUGCGGAGGAGGAGCGCACGCGCUCAGCGAACGGAGCAAACGCGGUGCCCCUCAGAGGUCGCGGUGUUACGACAGACGAACCCGUACGCUCUGCCAAGCGGUUGACAUCGCCAGAGCGAUGGGAGAUCAAGCAGCUCAUCUCUUCCGGUGCCAUCGACGCUUCGGAAUACCCUGAUCUCGAUGAAGAAUACGCCAACCCGACGGCGCGCGCGGAAGUGGAGGAAGAGUUGGACGUGGAGAUUCGAGAAGAGGAGCCGCCGUUCCUUGCUGGUCAGACGAAGAAGACGCUUGACCUUAGUCCUGUGAAGAUCGUCAAGGCUCCUGAUGGUUCACUGAACAGGGCAGCUUUGGCCGGCACAUCGCUCGCCAAGGAGCGGCGCGAGUUGCGCCAGCAAGAGGCUAUUGAGCAGGCCGACUCCGAGGCUCGCGAUUUUAGUGCUCCAUGGUUGGAUCCGAUGGCGAAGGAAGGCGAUAGGGUGUUUGCCCAGGACCUCCGAGGUAACCUGCUGGGACAGAAGGCAGGAGAGCAGCCGAAGUGGAAGGAAGCCACGUUCAACAAGGCGACAACUUACGGCGAAAUCACCAGCCUGAGCAUCCAGGACCAGCGCAAGAGUCUGCCCAUUUACAAGCUUCGCGAACAACUGAUUCAGGCGGUUCGAAAUCAUCAGGUGAUCAUUGUUGUUGGCGAUACGGGUUCAGGCAAAACGACGCAGAUGACGCAGUACCUCGCCGAAGCGGGUUUCGCGGACAAGGGAAAGAUUGGCUGUACACAGCCGAGGCGUGUGGCUGCUAUGUCCGUCGCGAAGCGGGUUGCCGAGGAGGUUGGCUGUCGACUCGGUCAGGAAGUCGGGUACACGAUCCGCUUCGAGGACUGCACGGGCCCCGAGACGAGGAUCAAGUACAUGACGGACGGUAUGCUCCAGCGAGAGUGUCUCGUCGACCCCGACGUCAGCGCGUACUCGCUAAUCAUGCUCGACGAAGCGCACGAGCGUACCAUCCACACUGAUGUGCUGUUCGGUCUGUUGAAGAAGGCCAUGAAGCGUCGCCCAGACCUCAAAGUCAUUGUCACGUCGGCCACCCUCGAUGCUGAGAAAUUCUCAAGAUACUUCUUCGGCUGCCCUAUCUUCACGAUUCCGGGUCGCACAUACCCUGUGGAGAUCCUGUACACGAAGGAGCCCGAGACGGACUACCUCGACGCCUCGCUGAUCACGGUGAUGCAGAUUCACCUGUCGGAGCCUCCUGGCGAUGUCUUGCUGUUCUUGACCGGCCAGGAGGAGAUCGACACGGCAUGCGAGAUCUUGUACGAGCGCAUGAAGGCCUUGGGCCCCAAGGUUCCCGAGCUUCUCGUCCUUCCCAUUUACUCCGCGCUCCCCUCGGAAGUCCAGUCACGAGUCUUCGAGCCGACGCCGCCUGGUGCUCGGAAGGUGGUCGUCGCCACGAACGUUGCCGAAACUAGUCUGACGAUCGCGGGCAUCUACUAUGUCAUUGAUCCAGGCUUCUCGAAGCAGAACGCCUAUGACCCCAAGCUGGGUAUGGACUCACUUGUCGUCAUGCCCAUCUCACAAGCCCAAGCACGACAACGCGCUGGCCGUGCGGGUCGUACGGGGCCAGGGAAGUGCUAUAGGCUCUACACUGAAGCCGCGUUCCGGAACGAGAUGUUGCCCAACUCCAUCCCAGAUAUUCAGCGGACGAAUCUGGCGCACGUCAUUCUCAUGUUGAAGGCGAUGGGUAUCAACGAUCUUCUCAGCUUCGACUUCAUGGACCCGCCGCCCGCUCAGACGAUGCUGACUGCGCUCGAAUCGCUCUAUGCGUUGUCAGCAUUGGACGACGAAGGCCUCCUGACGAAGCUGGGCCGCAAGAUGGCUGACUUCCCCAUGGAGCCCCCGCUCGCGAAGAUGCUAAUCGCUUCGGUGGAACUGGGGUGUUCCGAGGAGAUCCUCUCUAUUGUAGCGAUGUUAUCUGUCCAGAGCGUCUUCUAUCGUCCGAAGGAGAAGCAGGGGCAGGCGGACUCGAAGAAGGCCAAGUUCCAUCAACCAGAAGGCGACCAUCUGACGCUGCUGACCGUCUACAACGGCUGGAAAGCGAGCAACUUCUCGAACCCGUGGUGUUACGAGAACUUCAUACAGGCGCGGAGCAUGCGGAGGGCACAGGAUGUACGGAAGCAGCUGUUGGGCAUCAUGGAUCGCUACAAACACGACAUCAUUUCGGCCGGUCGAGACUACAAUCGCGUCCGUAGAGCUAUCUGCUCCGGAUACUUCCGCCACGCGGCGAAGAAAGACCCACAGGAGGGCUACAAGACACUGGUAGAGGGCACGCCGGUGUACAUUCACCCGUCGUCUGCGCUCUUCAACCGCAAUCCCGAGUGGUGCAUCUACCACGAACUGAUCCUUACGACGAGGGAGUACUGCCACAACGUCACGGCCAUCGAGCCCAAGUGGCUGGUCGAGGUGGCGCCUCAAUUCUUCAAAGUCGCUGAUGCGAACAAGAUCAGCAAACGGAAGAAGCAGGAGAAGAUCGAGCCGUUGUUCAACAAGUACGAAAAACCAGACGAAUGGAGACUGUCAAAGAUGAAGAGAAGCGCACGCUCGAGUCAGACUUUCGGCUGA